UGCUCCCCUCCAGCCUCCCCACUGCCUCGUCGGGCUCCGGCUUUCCCAGGGGAGGCAGGUGGUGGCUUGGGGGGGACCAUGGCCGACGUUUUCCCGGCCAACGACUCCACCGCGUCUCAGGACGUGGCCAACCGCUUCGCCCGCAAAGGGGCGCUAAGGCAGAAGAACGUGCACGAAGUCAAGGACCACAAAUUCAUCGCCCGCUUCUUCAAGCAGCCCACCUUCUGCAGCCAUUGCACUGACUUCAUCUGGGGGUUUGGGAAACAAGGUUUCCAGUGCCAAGUUUGCUGUUUUGUUGUUCACAAGAGGUGCCAUGAAUUUGUCACUUUCUCUUGUCCGGGUGCAGAUAAAGGACCUGACACUGAUGACCCCAGAAGUAAGCACAAGUUUAAAAUCCACACAUAUGGAAGCCCUACAUUUUGUGAUCACUGUGGCUCUCUGCUCUAUGGACUUCUACAUCAAGGGAUGAAAUGUGACACUUGUGAUAUGAAUGUUCACAAACAAUGUGUAAUAAAUGUUCCAAGCCUCUGUGGAAUGGACCAUACAGAAAAAAGAGGACGAAUUUACCUGAAAGCGGAAGUCACAGCUGAAAAACUACAUGUCACAGGUUGCAAGUUUAUUGAUGUCAGGGGCCACAUCUAUUCUCUACUAAAUAAAGCCAAGCUUGGCCCUGCUGGUAACAAGGUGAUCAGUCCAUCAGAUGACAGAAAAUCCAAUGUACCAUCCAACAACCUUGACAGAGUCAAACUCACAGACUUUAAUUUUCUCAUGGUCCUGGGGAAGGGUAGUUUUGGAAAGGUGAUGUUGGCUGACCGAAAGGGAACAGAAGAACUAUAUGCGAUCAAAAUUUUGAAAAAAGAUGUGGUGAUACAAGAUGAUGAUGUUGAAUGCACGAUGGUAGAAAAGAGAGUACUAGCUCUCCUAGACAAACCUCCUUUCUUAACACAACUGCACUCCUGCUUCCAGACAGUGGAUCGUCUUUAUUUUGUCAUGGAAUAUGUCAAUGGUGGAGAUCUCAUGUACCACAUUCAGCAAGUAGGAAAAUUUAAGGAGCCACAAGCAGUGUUCUAUGCAGCAGAGAUUUCAAUUGGAUUAUUCUUCCUUCAUAAACAAGGGAUCAUUUAUAGAGAUUUGAAAUUGGACAAUGUUAUGUUGGAUUCAGAAGGACAUAUCAAGAUUGCUGAUUUUGGAAUGUGCAAGGAGCAUAUGGUAGAUGGAGUCACAACCAGGACGUUCUGUGGAACUCCGGAUUACAUUGCCCCAGAGAUCAUCGCUUAUCAGCCGUAUGGAAAAUCUGUGGACUGGUGGGCCUAUGGUGUCCUGUUAUAUGAAAUGUUAGCUGGACAGCCCCCAUUUGAUGGUGAAGAUGAGGAUGAACUCUUCCAAUCCAUAAUGGAACACAAUGUUUCCUAUCCAAAAUCAUUGUCCAAAGAGGCUGUUUCCAUCUGCAAAGGACUAAUGACAAAGCACCCUGCAAAACGCCUGGGCUGUGGGUCUGAGGGAGAAAGGGACAUCAGAGAACAUGCAUUUUUCAGAAGAAUUGACUGGGAGAAACUGGAGAGCAGAGAGAUCCAACCACCGUUCAAACCUAAAGUGUGUGGCAAAGGAGCAGAAAACUUUGACAAAUUCUUUACACGAGGACAGCCAGUGUUAACACCACCUGAUCAACUGGUCAUUGCUAACAUAGACCAAGCCGAUUUUGAAGGGUUCUCUUAUGUCAAUCCACAGUUUGUGCACCCCAUCUUGCAGAGUGCGGUAUGAAAAUGACCAACAAGAACAAAAACCCCAAUUCCCUGGUCCCACCCACAGUGUUCCUUAAUUCCUAAAAUUUUAAGGUCUCAGUCUUGUUGCUUAUUCCAGUUGGAGACCUGAAAAUUGUAGGGUUAGAAGUCUAAAUGUGAUCAACCAUUCAGGAUCUCACUUUCAACCAAGAAACAUCGUCUUAGUAAAAAUUGAUAUAGUUCCCAAUUUAGCCUUUUAGGAGCCACAGCUGGUUGUAUGUCACUCUUACAAAGCAAACAAAUUCUUAACCCUUUUUUGGUACGUUUUGAUAUAUUUUCUUUAACUUUCACCUGUCAAUUUUCAUCAAUAGAAUUCAUCAUUAUAGAGUUCAGGUUAGAACCCCCUUUUUAUCUGAUAGGCUGAGGAUUUCUUCAAUUGAACAGUCUUUGGAAUAGAAGCAUGGAGAGCACAGAAAAUAAGCACUGUGUUAGGGAGGGGGCGCCUCACUGAACCAGUUAUUCCUGUAGUCUUUGCUAGUUAAUUAAAAAAAAAACUGCUAGAAAAGACCAAGGAGGAACAGGAGAGCAUGGAUGACGACACAGUUGCAAGCUAAACAUUCCCAAACAUUGGCUGUUCAUGACCCAACCACAGCCCAUCAGCUCUCAGUUUUAAAAGACCAAAAAGAAAGAAAAGAAAAAAAAAGUCAAAUAUUUCAUGAAUCCAUCAUAUCGUGUCUGGCUGGUUUGAUAACUAGUUUUAAAUUGCAUUUCUAUUAAGAGGCCAAAUAUUUUAAGGACAAUGCUAAGGUAGCGUGUGAAAUCAUUUCAGAUCAAAAGUAAAAAUUCCAUAUUUAUGUUCAUGUUAAUCUCUGAGAGAUUGUUCUGCGAUCCAGGGUGCCAUUGUUAAUUAUGCCACUAUUCAAGAGCAUUGUUAGCCAAUCUCACAAAACACAAUAUUUUGCUACUGACUUUAUUAACUUAGUAAGAAGCUGAGCUGUAACCCUUUUCCCGUUUUGUACUUAUUUAUUUGAUAGGCUGCAGUGUUGUUUAUGAAAGUACUGUGUACAAUAACUUAAUGAAGUAUUGAACUAGAAAGUCCGUCCCUAAAGUUGGGAAACUUUAUCCUUCUGAGUUUACUUAGAGAGAAAACAAACAAAAAAAAAAGGCUUCAUUUUCCAUUUCCAUUUCCCAUUGAAUGAUUCACCUGGAGAUGUAGAAUCAGCCUGGAUUAAAAUCAGUUCCCCCAAACAUUUAAUUUCUAGAAGAAAUUUACAAUGUUUUGCAUCUGCAUCAUGCAAUGAAUUUUGCAUGUUUAUACUAAAUCUUAAUCUAUACUGUUGAUAUAAUCGUAUGCAGUAUAAAGAGAGUAUUAUAAUAAUUUUAUAAGACACACUUUGUGUUAUAUUUGUGAAGUUUCUCAUUUCUAAGCAACUUCCCCCUUGUUUAGAUUCUAGCUUCAUGUUCUGCUGCCGUGAUUCUUUUCUCCCUCAAUGCAUCUCCUGCUGACUGUCACUGAUAUCAAGUAUAUUCAUUUUUUUAACAUAGAUCAACUAUCCAAAAUGAAUGGCUACUUUACAUAAUUUAGUUGGGCUUUUGUUAUAUCUGUCUGCUUCUACUUAUAAAACACACACAUACAUAAAACAGCAGAGAGAGACAGACAGAGAAAUUUUCUAGGCCAGAAGGUGUUAUUUUUGAGAUGACACACUUACCUUCUUAAUGCAAUCUUCUCUUUGUUGGUUCAUGCACAAUAUUUCCUCUUUGAGUUAAUGAGAAGUGAUCAUUUUCAAUCCCAUAAUUUAUGCUGACUUAAGCUCUUUUUCAACACCUUGGGCCUUGUUUGUGUGAGUGACUUGUAGGCAAGGGAAAGGCAGAAAGAUUGCCUUCUUGGGAGACAUGGGAAUGCCAGAAGCAUGUUGUCUAUACUGCUAUUUGUGAAACAGGCUGCUGUUUUUUCUCAGCACGUAACAUACUGUCAUGAGAACAAUAUAUGCCAUAUGAGAUUUAACAUUACAUCAGUUCCAACAGCAAAGGGGUCCCCCAAUUGUGCCAAAAAUACUCCAUUCCAGAAUGCAGGUUUCAUUAUGGCUACUGGUAGAAGAGCAUGAAUGCUGUAAGAUAUCAUCCAAAAGCCAGAUAGUCAAAGGAAUUUAAAAAUAAUGACUCAAAAAUAUGCAAGCUAGAAGUAUCCACUAGCUCUUACAGAAGCUUUCUAGAUUUUCCUCUGUUCUUAAACACCAUUUUUUUAAAAAAAGAAAUUAUUAGGCUAACAUAUGGCCUGCUAAGAGCUCUCUGUGAUAUACUGUACCUACACUCCUAGGCUCUACAAUGCCUGGCAGGGGUGAGAGGAAAAUCAGGAAGAGGGAAAGGCAGAGCCCCAGAAAGUAUGGUUCUAUGGCAGUCAGCUAUGGUUGCAGGCAGUUGUGGCACUGAGGCUUCAGAAUUUGAAAGGGACUAUGGAGGAUUCAUCCUAGGGUCAAAAUAGUCUGUAUGCCAUCAAGGAGCAGCUAUUCAGAGUUGACUUAAUUCAAUCUUGCUUAAAGAGUUAUAUUUCUGGGUCUAGGGUAAAAACUGAUCAAAGACCAAAGAUCAAAGAAGUAGCAAAGGAAGAGAUUAUCAUACAAGCUCUUAGAACAACUGCUGGUUCCCAAGUCAUGUCAUAGAGACAGUUCCUAAUUAAAGACCAUCUUUUUCAGGAAACAGAUUGAGAACCAUGUUUGCAGGGGCGCUUUUGAUUCCCAUGCAGAUUUCCACAUACAUUUUCUCAGGAAACAAAGUCAGACAUCUUAGCCUCUUUGUAUCCUUUUCUUAAUCCUUGUAGAGUUUAAAACACAAAAGACACUGACCUAAAGGGGCAUCCCUUUGCUCUGAAUUAGGGGAUUUUAGGCACAGCAAAUUUGCUGAGAACAGUUUUUAAAGACAAUCGUGUAGAAGUCAAUUGGAGCAAAGUGGUUGGGGGUAGGGGUUGGCAUUAAAGAACUCAUGAUGUAUUUAAAUCUUAUGUGCUGAGAAUGGAUGUUAGGGACAGCCUGGAAAGGCUCUUUUAGAGAGUAACUACUGAAAGCAAAGAAUUCUAUGGGCAGCUGUUAAGAAAACUGACUUAAAAUAUCUGUUUAUAAAACAUAUUGUAUCAAAAUUGACCAAUUCUGUAAAUUCCAUAAAAUGAUACGAGGGAGUUAUUAAAAAAUUUUAGAAUCAGAACAUCUCAGUUGAGCAGGCACUUAUGAGAAUAAAUAGGGUUCUUUGGAAGAUGAAUUUAAUUCAGCAAACAUUAAGUCUCUACUACGUGCCAGUUAAGUACUAUAGAUGCAAGACAAAAAAUAAGAUGGCAUCUGCCCUCAAAGAGUUCACAGUCAAUACCCCCUUGAAAGAAAUGACUACCCCAUGCCACUGACGGGUACAAUAGUAGCUUGUAGAGCCCAGGAACUUACCAUUGGGAGUAUCAUAUCCACCUGGUAGGCUCUGACUCAUUAUUUUUCUCUCAGAAGCCAAAUGCCUUAGGGAAAAUUUAAAAGCUAUCCAUAUGGCUUAGCAUUAUUUCUCCCAGACACUAUUGAAUAGCUGUAAACCUUAAGAGGUUUAAUUCUGGGAUCCUGACAUUUUUUCUCCUGACUUUUCUUCAUAAAAGUUAAUGUGUUUGGACUGAGUAAAAAUUACAUAACUGAGUCCUAGGUAUUAGUGGUAUGUUCAAAUCAAAUGAGAAAAUGAGAAUUGACGCAAAAAAAUAAUAAAAGAAACAUAAGUAAACCAUCAAUAAUGAAAUUCUUUUUUUUAGUGCCUUUACUCCUCAAUCCCUGUGAAAUACUUAAUGCAAAAUCUAACAAAACCUUUUAGAUUGGACUUACUAUUUAAAUGAGCUAUUUAAAAUAACAUGUCAUAAGCGUUCAAGGAAAUUGUUCAAAGAAUAUGAUAGACUCAGUGAUCAAAUUCAAUUACACUGCAAGAGUAUUUGUUGAGUGCUAGCCAUAUAUUUCUCACUGGCAGAAAUAAGGGACUCCAGAACCACCCAGAAACACCAAUCUCAGUAGAAGAGGAGUCCACCUUGUAAAAAAGGGACAAGACAAAGACAGUAAAGGACUUAGAAUGAAAAUGAGAGAUACACAGAGAGUUCAAAGACCAGAGACAUCCGUGAGGAUAAGAUAGUCAUUGCUGAGGAGCUGAAAUUUGAACUGGACCCUACAGGAUUAGUUUAUUUACUAUGUAGCAUUUUAAGGAAGAAGCUCCAGCUGUUCUAAGUAAACAUCAGCUGAGCUUUAUCAGUGCAAAUGUGGAAUUCUGAUAGUGCUCCAGAAAGCACUUUUGCUCUUACUCAACACCGCCCCCCCCCAAAAGAAAUUAUUGACAGGGAAAGAGAUUUGUUUUUUUUUCUCCUUAAAUGUUUCAAAAUGUCUCACAUGCUGUUAAUCAUGUCUCUCUCAUUCCCCUCCCCCGACUUUCUAAUUUAAAACCAUAGCUAUUUCUCUUGAUGAAAUAGGACAAGAGUUUCAAUAGGUAUGAAUCAGAGACAUCUGUGGGACCCUUCACAUUUUUGUCCCUCCUGGCUGUGGUUUCCUGCAGAGCACCCUGGAAGUUAGAGCCAGGUGGGAAAGUCCUAAGUUCACCUAACCAGUCCUUCAAGUCUCAUUUUAAUCCACCUUAGAAAUCAGCACAAAAAAAAAAAUUGGAUAUUUUCUUUUCUUUUUUUUCUUUGUUGCUACCAAAAUAAAAGAUGUGAUUGUAUGGUUUUUCUAUUUAACCAAUGCAAAUUAUUAAUCUCAUCCAGCAGUAUACUUUUCUUACUUCAAUCUUAUAUACAUUCUGUGAGCAGGUCACUUUAUAUUGGAUGAUUUUCUUAUUGUUGAUACCACAGUGAUAUCCAGGGUGCCAAUUUCCCUAGCUAAGGCACCUCUUUCACAGUCAUGGAAAUGGAAGUGCAGGCCUGGGCACUGAAAGGAGACAAAGUGGUUUCUGAGUCCAGUAGAACAGAGCCAUGGAAGUCGCCUAUUAAUAGUGCUAAGGACAGAAAGAGGACAGGAAAUAAAGGAAAAAUUGACAGGAUUUGAUUAUUAGUGGCUGUACACUAACUCACCAAUGAAUUCCUGGAAACAGUAAAAGGCCACUUGCUUUUUUUUUUUUUUAAUAACUAAUGUAUUUCUUCAGGGCCAGUCAUAACCAAUUGUUAGACGGUCUCUUUGCCUUUCUGGUGAUUUUUGGGGGAGAAAAAGGAAACUUGGUUCUGUGACAUAAUGCUUAAAACGAGAAAACUAAUGAGAGCAUAUGUGGUUGAGGGUAAUCUUAAAGAAAUUAUUGAGUGUGGUUUGUGAAAUUCCAUAAUGCCAGAAACUCUGUGGGGGGGGGGGGAAUUAAAACUUUGAAAUGAACUCUGACAUCAGUAUAGUCUAUGUGAUUUUGUAUCUGUCAACAACUGUUUCAGUAAAACUCAAUACUCAAACAGCCUUACAGUAACCCUGCACUGAAGUGCAAAAUGUUCAGAAAAAAUUUUUUAGCCUUCAAGAAAAAAAUCAAUUUAUUAAAUUGACACAGGAUGGCUACAUAUACUAGGCUGUUUGUACUUUUUUAUAUACAACUUUAAUAGCUAAUUCUGCUAAGACCAUUUUUUUUAGAAAAUACCAUCAUGACAAUGUUUCAUAAAAAUAAGCACACAGACCCUGGAGGAAGACUUAGCUGUUGUCAUCCAGAGUUCCAGUGGCAUGAAAUGGCAUCUGUGGAAUACAGUUGCACUAUUUUUUAAACUUCUUUGGGGAUUUGUGCCAUUUUGAAAACAUUGGAAGUGUUGGUGGAAUUUGUUAGUAGCCCAAACCCCUCUGUGGCCAUAGAAGAGAUACUGAAGACAAAAAUACAUAAAAUCCAGGAACAAUUGUCUUACAGGAAAGAUGCACCUAUUUUACUGUUUCAAUUGGAGACUUGUAGUCAGUCAUAAAUCAUGUGCAGAGCCUCAUGUGCAGUUUUCCUUGGGCAUACAUAGAUGUCUACACUGCUAGUUUCAGUGCAAGCCCUUACCUUGCCUUGCUUUGCUUAUUUCUGUCCCCAUAGAUCCCAUAAUCCCUUUCCUCCAUGUUCAGAAACAUUUCUAUGUAAUUUCCGUAAGAAAGAAUAAGCAGCAUACCUGCCCAUUGGUGUUGCUUUUUACAUAACUGAUAGUGUAGACAAGAACUGAUUUUCAGAAAAACAUACAUUAACUAGAAUUAAUUAGAAUUCUUUCUAAAAUAAGCCUCAAAAAAUUGGAUGCCGCAUUUUUCUGGUUAAAAAUUUUGCAGAAAUCAACUUUGUUUGCAUCAUGUCCAUUUAAGAAUAUGCCUGUAGAUAAUCAAUGAUUAUGGGGUGUGUUUUUCGCCUUUCUGGAAGAAUUUGGUUCUUUUCCUGGAAAUUAGGAGUGGGGAAGUGAUAAUAAAUUUCAAACUCACUUGGAAUGGAGGCAGUGAUUCCUCUGGGUCUAAAUAUUUUGCUAAAAAUUCAAAUCAUGACUUUUAUUUUAGGAUCUUUUUAGCAAAAGACUCACUUCUUUGGGCAGUUGCAACAUUGCUUUUGUGAUGUUAAUUUUUUAACAAAAAUAAAGCCACUUGAAAACUACUAAUCCUGCAAAUUACCGGAAGAUCCCCAAAUUUAUAUUUGUAAGAAGGAAGUUGUUUUAUUUUAUCAGUAAACAACUACUAAGAAAUGUAAAGGCCAUUUGAAUGUCAAACAACAUCUGGAAUUAAAAAAAAAACAAGAAUGAUGUAUAAAUUAUUGGCAUUGGUUUUCUUACUUCUUAAAACCUUUACUCCUUGUUUGCAUGAUCCGCUUUGUUAAAUAUACUAAUUGUAGUUUGAAAGCAAGUGUGUAUGAAUAAAGAUAAUGAUCAUUA